AUGGUGUCCUCCAAGAGAGCAUACAACUGGUAUGUAUCUCUUGUCGCAGCAUCCUGCAUGGUGCUCUACGGAUACGAUGCUUCAGUCUUCAACGCUGUCCAAGGGUCCAAGAACUGGGUCGCCUACUUCAACCACCCCAAUGCCAACACCAUCGGAGCUAUCAACACUGCCUACACUGUCGGAGCUGUUGUAGCUGGUUUCUUCAUCGGUGGUCCUCUUGCUGAUUACGCCGGCCGUCGUGUUGGCAUGGCCACUGGAUCUGUUCUCGUCAUCAUCGCUACUUUCAUGCAAGCUUUCGCGCCCCGUGGCAACAUCGGUGUCUUCAUUGCUGGUCGUGUCAUCAUCGGUCUGGGUCAAGGUCUUGCACUGACUGCUGGUCCUAUCUACAUCGGUGAACUCGCACCUCCUGAGAUUCGUGGUAUGAUCAUGUCGUUCUGGCAGAUGUUCUACUCUGUCGGAUCCUUCAUCGCGUACUGGGUCAACUUCGCGUGCUCCAAGCACCCCAAGAAGCUCGGUGAAUGGGACUGGCGCAUGGUUGUCAUAUUCCAGAUCCUUAUGCCCAUCAUCAUCCUGUCUCAGGUCUUCUUCAUCCCCGAGUCGCCCCGCUGGCACAUCCAGAAGAACAAGAACUACGAGGGUGCUAAGGCGUCUCUGAUGCGUGUGCGCGACACCGAGCAGGAGGUCGAUGACGAGAUCGUCACCAUCCGCGAGGCUAUUGAGUUCGAGUCUGAGGCCAUCUCCAGCGGCUACUCUGCUCUCUGGAAGGACAAGUCUGUCCGCAAGCGCAUGUACCUUGCUAUGAUCAUCAACGCCGGUCAGCAGAUUACUGGACAGGGUACUCUCAACUCUUACUCCACCAUCAUCUACAAGAAGGUCUUCAAGGCCGCCGACACUAUCGCUCUCAUCAACGCUCUCAAUGCCACAUUCGGAAUCAUCUUCACCCUCAACGCUACCUGGACUGUUGACCGCUUCGGCCGCAAGUUCUUGUUCAUUGUCGGUGGUAUCGGUAUGGGUGUUUGCAUGGUCAUCGCCGCCUCGGUCGAGACCCAGACACCUUCCUACGAUGGAGCUAAGUCGCAACCCGUCGGUAUUGCGAUUGUCUUCCUCAUGUUCCUGUUCGCUUUCUUCUACAAGCCUUCAUGGGGUGCUACCGUCUGGAUCUACACCGCCGAGAUUUUCUCUAUGAACGUGCGCGCCCAGGCCGUCGGCAUGUGCUCGCAGACCCAGAACGUUGCCAACUCGAUCGUCCAGCAGUUCUUCCCACUCUUCCUUCAGAACGAGGGCUUCUACGCCUUCUACAUGUUCGCUGGAAUCAACAUCCUGUUGGCUGCCUUUGUUUGGUUCUUCCUCCCGGAGACCAAGCAGGUUGCCCUCGAGGAGAUGGAUGCCAUGUUCGGUGGAGCGAACCACGUCGAUGGUGGAGCCCAACUCGAGAAGAGGCAGAUCGAGCACGAGGAAUACACGGUCAACCCCGACCAAAAGAACGCUGCUAUCGAGCGAAGGGAUGUUUGA